GGGACAAGAUAAAACUGAUAUGGUAAAAAUUCAAAAAUGCAAGAAUAUUUAUUUCCCCUUAACCCCUACUGACGCCGAACAUUUUAUGUAUAAUUCAUAUAUUUGUUAAUUCCUGUAACACAGAAAGCAAAUACUUCUAUCACUGUGAAUGGAUACAAUGAAACCGCCAGAGAUUCCAUUGUAUGGACGUGUUCUUAUCGCAUUUGUUGUCAGUGUACUGUGAUAUUCUCAGCCUUAGGAAAUUCUCUUGUUUUAUGUGUAUUGAACAGACGACGAACACCUUCAAGGAUAACACAAUGUUGUACAAAACAAAUAUCUCCAUCCCCAUCAUCAGCACUGUCUUCACCAGGUGGGAGAACUAUGACAAAACGUUCCGUUACUUAUACAUUUUUAGUCAAUUUAAGUAUCUCUGAUUUAUUGCAUAUAUUGAUUUGUGCACCAUUUACAUUGAUUUCAGAUUUUUUAUUAAUAUAUUGGCCUUUUGGUGAAACAUUUUGUCGUCUAGUGAAUUACUUACAAGGUGUUGUUGUAUUCUUGUGUGCAUUUACACAUGUCAUCAUAUCAAUUGAUCGGCUGACAGCAAUUCGAUGUCCUAUAUGGCGUAGACGUAAACUAUCUGUACGAAAUGCACGAAUGAUACUUGGUUUUAUCUGGUUAUGUGCAAUGAUUAUACCAAUACCAAGUUUAAUUGUUUGUCGUAUUGUUGUUGACGAAGACGGUUUAUCACAUUGUCAAGAAUUAUGGCCUGAAGGAAAUAAUAUUCAGGCAAAUCAAUCAAACAUAAGUUAUUCAAGAAAUGAUCAACACUUCCCAUCGCACAUGUCUACACUACAUCAAGGCGACUAUCAACGAUCAGCGCUUGAUACAAAUCCAAUUUCGUUGGAACUGAUUUAUAAUUGUUUAGUUAUGCUACUGCAAUACAUGUUACCUUUGUCAGUUAUUAUUGUAACUUAUUCAGCUAUUGUAUAUCAAGUAUGGGUAACAACUGCACCUGGAGAAGGAAAUAUACAAAGAGAUAAAAAAAUUCGCGCAAGCAAAAAGAAGCUUAUCAAAAUGGUGAUCAUAGUCGCUUCAUUGUACGCCAUCUCUCAGCUUCCCAGACACCUGAUCUAUAUUAUAACAGUGAAUAAACCAGAUGCAUUUCAAAGAGAUACAAUCAUUUAUACAUGGUUAUUAUGCCAGUUAAGUGCAUGGUCAGCUACAUGUUAUAAUCCUAUCGUCUAUAUAUGGAUGAGUAAUACCUUUCGACGUGGAUUGUUUGAUCUGUUCAAAAAUUUAUGUCCAUGGAUAAUUCGUUGUAAACAUCAUGUACAUCAUAAAUCGAAACAGUGUGCCGCCUAUCACCGCAAUUCUCAUCAUCAUCAUCAUCAUCAUCCUCAUCGUCAUCACUGUCAUCAUAAUCAUCAUCAUGGAUCAGAUUGUUCUCAAUGUUAUAAUAAUCAUCCAUGUCCUAAGCAUCAACAGUAUUUUCAUUCACUACAAAAAACUAUUACUCAUCCCUAUAGCAGUAGUAGUAGUAAUAGUAAGAUGAAAAAAUUUAAUCAAACACAGAAUGAUGACAGUGAUGAAUAUUCAUUCAAUCAAACUGAAAAUAUUAAAAUGAAUAUAACAGAAAAUACGACAAUAAUCACUGCAGUGAAUAAUACAACUAUACAUACCAGUUAUGACGAGGAUGAUGAUGAUGAUGAUGAUGAGGAGGAGGAGGAGGAGGAGGAGCAGGAGGUUUAUCAGGAUGGUCAUGUGAAACAGACACGUUCACUUCAUGACUAUGAUACGGAUCUGACAGAAUCAGAUAAAUAGUUUUCUUCCUUUUUUCACAUUAUGCUGUUGGUAAUGGUGCAUUUUUCUUUCUUCUCUUUCUUCAGCUUCAUGUAUAUGUUUCUCUUUUUCUUCAUGCUUUCUUUCUGUAUGAGAAAAAAAAAUUGAACGUUGAUCAUUGUUGAACACUGAACAGCA